UAAGGAGUGCCGUUUUCGGCAUAUUAUAUCAAAUCUCCGUCUGAAUUCGAUUGCCAACUAUUCUGCUCAACCAAAGUCGUUUAACAUGGGAAAAUUCGUAACUGUUUUGUGCCUCCUGGUCGCUGUUACCGGUAUCCAAGGCUCGAAUCUUACCGAUAUUAUAGCGGCGAUGGAGUCAAGUGAAACGUCGUCAACUACGACGAUAUCGUCUUUGAUGUCCUCAAUUACUUCAGAAAUGAGCAGUGUGAGUAGCUCCACCGGCACAAGUUCCAUUUUAUCUACUAUUACUACGACGUCAACCUCCGGAAUAACGGCCUUCGCUACUGAAGCUGAGUCGGUGUUUACGGAAAUGGCAACUGGGUUCAAAUCUGCUUUGACCGCAGCCACAUCAUUCGAAUCGGUAGCUAACGCAACCGCAGCCUUGGCGAUUAGUGAAAUGGCAACAGUUGUUGAAUCGUACUCCGAUUCGAAUGUGGACUUGAGCUCGUGUACAACCUUAGUUACGGAGUUUCAAACAAUUGUCUCUAAUGCAAUUGCUAACACAACCAGCUGCGCUAGUACCUAUGUAACUAGUCUGAAUACUGAGUACGACGCAACGGUAACUGCGUUCUCAGAUUUCCUACAAGACCUGUAUGAUACGGCAGAAGAAGCGAACUCGUGCAGUACCGAUUUCUGGACUUACAUUUCAUGUAUAGCAGAGGUGGCUGCUGAUAUUACAGGCACGAGUGCCACUGACUUUUCAAACGUGAUGAUCAACGCGACCGCUCUUAUAUCAGAUAUGAGCAAAUUAGAGACGGAAUUGGAAUCGUGUGGGCUUUCGUCUGCAGUGACGACGGUUCAGGAUAAUUUAGUCACAUACACGGCAGAGUACGCAGAAUGUGCAGUGAACUUGGGUGCCAGUGCUGCAUAAACUUCUUAACAAGUUAUACGCUAAAUGACGAUAUAAAGUCCAACGUACUGUAUAUGUAUUGAAGUCGGAUAGUAAAAUAUAUUGUCAUUGCAA